AUGGCUUCAAGACACUCCAUGCAACUUUUCCGAGCUGUGCGCACAUCUCAGUCCACUAUUCGCCAGCCCGUCAACCGAAUCUCUGCCUGCCGUUUCUACGCGACAUCUACCGAAGAUGCGCCCGCUCCUCUGCUCUCCAAGCUCAAGGCCGAUCUCAAGACUGCUAUGCGCGCCAAGGACACCCCCCGUCUGACCGUCAUCCGAGCUAUCAUGUCCGCCAACCUCAAUGCUUCCAAGACAUCAACCCCCAUCAAGACCGAUGUUCAGCUCGUCGCAUUGAUCCGCAAGAUCCAAAAGGGUGCUCAGGAUGCUGCCGCCGAGGCCAAGGCCGCCAACCGCGAUGAUCUCGUUCAGAAGGAGGAGGACCAGAUCAAGGUGCUAAACGAGUACAUUACCAACAGCGGUGUUGAGAGCUUGACUGAGGCUCAACUCAAGGCUAUGGUACAGGGUGCUGUUGAGGCUUCCAAGGCUGCUGGUGUUCAGGCCAAGUCCAUCAUGGGAGAUGUCAUGAAGCGAUUGUCCGGUGCCCUCGAGGGUAAGGAUGUUGACAAGAAGGAGUUGUCCAAGAUGGUCAAGGAACUUACCGGUUAA